CCUAAGGGGGACGCACUCGGGGCAUUCCCGCGAGGGGCCCCCGGAGGAUCCUCUCUCAGGCUGGUAGACACCCCUCCCCCUGCACGCAUGGACACAGACACGCCUGGAACACGGGAGGUGGUCACUAAGCAUGGGUCCAAUAAAGAGAAACCGUCAGCCUCCUUCUAGAGGCCCUGCUGGCGUGCCCGUCGUAUAUGGGCCGGCUCACUGCCCCGGGCGGCGUGCGCCCUGCCGGCUGGGCAGAUUGUGGCUAGAGGAGAUAGGGGAUUUUGGCCCCGCCCCGAGCCAGAUUCUUCAGGCCUGAAGAUUCAGUUUCCUCCCCAAUUCUUGUAACUCCCUCCAGGCUGUGGGUCAAGGGGAUACCUGAGUUCUGUGGUCUCCUAAGAUCCAGUGAAGGAAGGAGGCAGCCUCAGGACCAUGACAGAAGCAAACACCACAAGUCCAGAGUCCUUAAUGACCUCUGCUGAACCAGAGGCAGGGACGGGGGCUGCGACCACUGCCUGGCCUGCUCUGGUGGGGGUGAUCCUCGCAGCUGUGCUGCUCUCUCUCCUUAUUGCUUUGGCUGCCAAGUGCCAUGUCUGCCACCAGCACCGCGCCAGCUAUGGCCACCGUCCACUCUCUGGGUCAGGGAAGAGUGUUACUUUUGGGCUACCACCCGAUGAUGAUAAGGAUGACGACGGCUUCAUUGAGGACAACUACAUCCAGCCAGAGGCUGAGGAGUCAAGGCCAGGAAUCAGUGAGGGUCCAUUUUCCCUCUGAGUCAAGCCCCUUUCUCGCUGCCAGUUCUCUCCCCCUUACCGUUCCCAGAGUUCCCCAAUAAACUCAAACUUAAAGAC